CUUAAAACAUAAAUAUAAUUAUAACGUAACUAUCCUACAAAUUAACCCCAAUCCGGCUAUGGGCUACCCCUUGCCCACCGUUCUAACACACGAAAGAAGAAGAAAAAAGAAUCGGUCAAGCAGCUUCGACGCUCCUCAUCCGCUAGUUGAUGGUGAGACAAAAUUGAAUCUAUCAUAUGUGCAUAGGUAGUUACAUAUGCUUCUGAUAAGCUACAUUUAUUUUUACCGGUUGCAAUUACACGUAUUGACAACGGCUUUUUCUGCUUUGGUGUUUCAUCAAAAACAGGUUUCGGAAUCGAAUAGGCGAUAAUUAAGUUCAUGAAUGUUUGUCUAAUAGAAUCUAUUAAAAGAGAUUUGUUAAAUACUAUACACGGCCCGUAAGUGUAUGUUUUAAAAAAAAUCAGAAUAUGAAAACACUUUGUGUACUUUAGUCGUAACUUGUACUAAUCGAAAAUAGUUACCAGCUAAUAUUGUAAGUAUUCUACUUUCUAUUUUUGGCGAUACACCCUAGUAGAGCUGAAAAUUUGCAUGUCCUGACCCGUCCCUGACCCUCUGUGACCUGUCCCUGAAGGGUCAAGAUGUAUAAGUGACCCAUCCCGUCCCUGUCUCCUUCUUGACCCUGUCUUACCCUCAAGGGUCGGGAUGGGCCGGGUCAGUGGGUCGAAUCUUAUCAACACACUACUUUUUUACAAAUUAUGUUUUGGUACCCAAAAUUAUUUUUUCUUACAAUUUAGUACCUAAAAUUUAUUUUUUUACAAAUAAGUCCAUAAAUUUUGAUGGUAAAAUUACGUUUUGGUACCCAUAUUUUUUUAUUUUUACAAGUUAGUACCUAAACUUAAAAAAUUACAAAAAGGUCCAACGUGGUGUGAGAUAUUUGUUGUUGCUAAGCGUCACAGGGUCAAAACGUUACCCGUCCCUAAAUUGUCCCCUACCCGUCUCGACCCUUAGACGGUCAACAAAUGACCCGUCCCUAAUCUGACCAUGUAAACAAACUGACACGUCCCGACGGGACGGGUCAGUGGAUUUUCCGGGUCAAGCUUUCACCUCUACACCCGAGUGGCCGAGUAUGUAUACUUUAAUGUUUUUUUGUAGCGUACGUAGAAUCCAAAAUACCAAGAAGAGCAGCCAAAAACACACAACACAUUGUACUUAUAGCCGACCAUACAACAACGCAGCUACCGUGGCGGUUUAUGCAUGGAUCGGGAAUGUUCUGCCGAAUCCGCCCAACUAUAUAUAUAUAUGUAACCGAUCGAUAAAACGGCAUUCAGUAUUAACUAGUUAAUUACUCUCUCUUCGCAUACGAAAAUGAGUUCAUCAUUAUUGAGGAAGAAACAUAACAAUAAGGUGGUGAUGGUGGCCGCCGUUUUGCUACUCGUCAAGUCGCUAGUAAUUCGUACGACGCCGUCGGAGGUGGUACUGGAAUUUGAGUGCAACACCGCGGAGUUCGAGGCCGGCGAUAAGCGGCGUGAUUGUGUAAAUCCCUUGCUCAAUGAAUUGCUCGCGGAUGAUCAGAAUCCGCCGUACGCUUAUAAAUUCUACGACACUUACCACUCCUGCGAUAACGGCCGGAGCGUUAUCUACGGUUACAUAUACUCGGAGCCGCGCUCCGGUGCGUGCACCGGAGCGGCGACGGAUAUCCUCCUGAACCGGCAGUACUGCGGCGGCCGCAUGGGAGGUCACGCUUCCGGCGAAGGCUGUAAAAUGAGGUUUGAGGUUUACGACUUUGGAAAUGAGUUACAGUAACGACUUGAUCGUGACGCGGUCUUAUAAAAAAGAAAAAAAAACAUGUGUGGUAUGAAUGACAGAGUUCGGUUCGGUUCGAGUCGUUUAAGUUUUGCAUUCGUUUCCGUGUGAAAUCCAAAAUUUGCGUUUGUGUUGUAUAAUCCACUAUUUGCAUUUCAAAUUUCUCAAGUCACCAUGAUUUGGGGAAAACGGUUUACAUAUAUCUUUCACGAAGCAGUCGACCACUUUAUAAGAAAAAUGGUCUAUCAUUUUUGUCUAGUGGUCCACAGUUUCAGGCAAGUUGGCUACCAUUUUCGGCAAGCGAUCAACCUGAUGGCAUACUUAAUUGAAACUUACAACCGUGUUUGUUGAAAGCAGUAGACUGCUUCCUCCAAAUGGUCUACCGCUUCCGGCGGACGAACGACUAGAUUACACAGCUACUCUUUACUUACAUUAGAAAAAUAAUGACAACAGAAGGCCUAUAAUACAAAAUUGUUUUGUAAUAAUGCAAUAUCCUAUCACAUGCGGGCAACCAAAUAUCUGUGCAUAUUAUAAGUCUAAACAAAAAGAAAUAAUUGUAUGGCAAGUAUACUUUACAUUUUAAGUAUCUUCAUAACAACAAUAGCAACAAAAUUGAUCUAUCACAAGACAACUAUAUGAUAAAAACUAACAAACUUAGAAUUUAAAG